AGGCAAGGAACCCAGUGGUUGCACUCAGUGAACAUCCCCUCUUUCCUUCUCCCUAAAUCUCUCUCUCACUCUCUUUCUCAGACGCAUCCAGACUUACUAGUGCUGACCCGUACAGCUGGAGGGAUGCUGGCCUUUCUGAGGGGAGCUGUGCAGCCAGUGACAGUCAGCAGGGCGAAGGAUAUUGUCCAGAAACGGAACUCCAGCAUCUACAGCAAGCCACCCAAAAGCAAGAUUGGACCUGGGCAAAGUUUCUUGAUUAUGUCGGUGUUUGCCGUUGCCCUCCUGGCCCCUGCCGGGUGGAUUCUGCACCACAUCCCAGAAUAUCGUCAGAGAGCAAAAACCCCACCAUCUUGAGGAAAGCACACUGGUGUACCACAGACAGACCUGGCUGCCUCUAAAGCAUUAUUCACCUCCAGUGAAAAGUGUAGAUCUUACAACAUCACGAACAACAUCACAAGUAAUAUAAUAAUAGUAUGUAAAACUAUACAUUAAUAAAAUGAUCCAAUAAUAAAAUAAUACAGAUAAAAAAUGUUUGAGAGGGAGAAAUGGCCCCACUUGAAAUAUGAUUUCAUGGUGUUUAAUUCCUGUGGCCCUUAAAGCCAUUGUAAGCAGUGGCCCUGACUUUUUUUUCUGUAAUAAAGUUUUUUUUAAAACCA